CCCUCCUCCUCUUCACACCUCACCGCAUCAAACAAUGUCGGUAUCCUUCACGGCGCCCGACCUCCAACCUACCUACCAGGCCCUGGUAGACGGCACGGCAGACUACGACUGGGCCCUCUUCAACCAGGCGGGCAACGAGCUCAAGGUCCAGGCGACUGGCAACGGGCUCGACGACCUGUCGGAGGAGUUCCUCGACGGACGCAUCCAGUAUGCGUUCGCGCGUGUCAAGGACCCCUCUCGCUCGCUCGACCGCAGCGUUCUCAUCGCGUGGUGCGGCGAAGGCGUCCCCGAGUCUCGCAAGGGCCUGUUCCACACCAACCUCUCGCAGGUCCAGACCAAGUUCCUCAAGGGCGCCCACCUCGUCAUCCAGGCUCGCUCGGACCUCGACGUAACCCCCGAGCACAUUGCCAAGCGCAUCCAGGAGUCGUCGGGAUCCAAGUACUCUUCUGGCUCGACGGUGCCCGUCGCCAACCGUGCGCCAGCGGUCGCCAAGCCGGCCGUACCGUCGUACCGCCCCAGCCAAGGCCUUGGUGGAUCGCAGGGAAGGCCCACACCAGCGGCCCCGCCCCCCGUGUCGACCUUCUCGCGCCCAACCCCCGCUGCGUCGGCGCCGCCCCCGCCGCCGGCCGCAACGCGCCCCACCCCGCCUCCGCCUGCUCCUGCUCCGGCGCCGGCUCCAGUGGUCGCUGCGCCGCCGCCUGCGCCCCCUCGCCCCGUCGUCUCAGCCGCGACGCCCACGCCCGCGCCGGCCGCAGACUCCUCCAAGCCCGCGUACGAGGACCGCAUUGCGCCCGUCGGCACAAACUAUGAGCCUGUCAAGCUUGCUGCGCCUGGCAAGCUGGCUAACCGCUGGAACCCCGCCGGCAGCCGCGCCGACGACGACGAGGCCGAUGCCGCCCCCGCCGUCAGCAUCAAGGACCGCAUGGCUGCUUUCAACACCCCGGCACAGACUGCCUCGGUGCCCCAGCCUAGCGGCAAGAAGCUGACCUGGGCCGAGCGCCAGGCCGCGGCCAAGAAGCAGGCGGAAGAGGAGGAGGCUGCGAGCGCUGCCGCCUCUGCAGCAGUUACUGCCAACAGGGGCUCGUUCUCGCGCCCAUCGUUUGGCUCUGCCGCCACGCGACCUGCCGUCCCUCCCCCCGCUCCGGCGCCGGCUUUCACACCACCUGUCGCCGUCUCGGCUCCUCCGCCUCCCCCGCCUCCCCCUGCGGCACCCUCGCCUCCCCCGGCUGCGUCUCGUGCCAUCCCCCCUCGUCCUGCCGACUCGGACGAUGAGAAGGAAGACGACGACAACUGGGACGCGCCGGCUCCUCCUCCCCCUGCUCCCUUCAGGCCACCUGUUGCUGAGCGCGAGGAGGAGCCCGAGCCGGAGGCUGCCCCGCCCCCGCCUCCUCCGCCUCCUCCUCCCCCACCACCUCCCCCUCCUCCCCCCGCUGCCGACCCGGUCAGCGAGCUCACACGCCUCAAGGAGGACCUCACGCUCCACGACGCGCCGGCCGCUCCUCCUCCCCCGCCCAUCCCCUCGGCCUCUCGCCCAGUCGUCGCGGCUGCCGAACCCGUGCCACCCCCUCCUCCUCCCCCUCCUCCCCCGCCUCCUCCCGCCGCUGCCGCACCAGCCGGCAAGGUCGCGCGUGCUGUGUACGACUACGAGGCCGCCGAGGAGAACGAGGUUGGGUUCGUCGAGGGCGAGCUCCUCACCAACAUUGAGGAGGUGGACGAGGGAUGGUGGUCGGGCACCAAUGCCGCGGGCCACUCUGGUCUCUUCCCCUCCAACUAUGUCGAGCUCGAGGAGGGCGGUGCCUACGAGGCACCCCAGCACCACUACGAGCCCGUGCAUGAGCCCGAGCCAGAGCCCGAGCCAGAGCCAGAAGCGGCGCCGCCUCCUCCCCCACCUCCUCCCCCUCCCCCUCCCCCGCCUCCUCCCGCUGCGGCCGCACCCGUUGCCGAGGACCUGGGCGAGGUCAUGGUUGCGGCGUACGACUACGACGCGGCAGAGGACAACGAGCUGUCGUUCCGCGAGGGCGACAAGAUUACCCACAUUGAGCGUGUCGACGCCGACUGGUGGCAGGGUGUGGUUAACGGCGCCGAGGGCCUCUUCCCCGCCGCCUAUGUCGUGACCGAGGAGGAGUUUGCGGCUCUUUAA